GCGCGGGGCGGAGCGGCCGCGGAGCUGGAGUAGCAUGUGGGCGUUCGGAUGUCGCGCAGCCGCGGGCUUGCUGCCCCGGACGGCGUCCCGGGCCUCCGCCUGGGUCGGGAACCCGCGCGGGAGGGAACCGAUCGUAACCUGCGGCCGCCGAGGCCUACAUGUCACAGCCAACGCCGGCGCCAUCCGCCACGCCCGUUUGAACCUCCACUACCUCCAGAUUCUGAACAUCAAAAAGCAGAGCGCCUGUGUGGUGCAUUUGAGGAACACGGGGACAUUGGACAACCCAAGCUCUCUAGACGAGACAGCGUAUGAAAGACUGGCGGAAGAGACACUGGACUCCCUGGCAGAGUUCUUUGAAGACCUUGCAGACAAGCCCUAUACCCUGGAGGACUACGAUGUCUCUUUUGGGGAUGGCGUGCUCACCAUUAAGCUGGGCGGGGAUCUAGGGACCUACGUGAUCAACAAGCAGACCCCAAACAAGCAAAUCUGGCUGUCUUCUCCUUCCAGCGGCCCCAAGCGCUAUGACUGGACCGGGAAGAACUGGGUGUACUCUCAUGACGGUGUGUCUCUGCAUGAGCUGCUGGCCAGGGAGCUGACUAAAGCUUUAAACACCAAACUGGACUUGUCAUCAUUGGCCUAUUCUGGAAAAGGCACUUGACUGCCAGCCAGAUUCAAAGACAUUAAACAUUAUCAGGUGAA